AUUUCACUUAAUAUGAUGAAAAUUACAGCACUAAUGUUGCGUUUGCUUUAUAUCGACUCAUAUAUGUAAUAAAUUUUUAUUUCAGCUUUUGGUUAAAGGUUUUUUCCAAUUUAAUUUGCUUUACGCUGUGCAGACUCUAAGGGACGCUGUUGGCCAGAAAAACAUUUUUGAGCAAUGUUGCAAGUGAGGAAGAGGAGAGAGAGGAGGCAGAGAAAAGCGUCUUCACACGGAAUAAAGCUUACACGAAAUUAGACGAGAAGCGAUCGUUUUUGUCCGACCGACAUGCAGAGGACUUAGAGUUUUGUUCAGCUUGCUCAGACCUCACUAACUCAAGUGGAUCUAAAGUUCGGUAUUGUCAUAUUUCCUGAUGGAGACCCACCAGCAUCGACGUGGAAAAUGGCUUCUGCUGCUCAGGACGCCUCUGUGGCAACUGUUUCUUGUUCUCUUGAUGUCUUUCUCCACUCACGCCCAAAUCCGUUAUUCAAUACCAGAGGAGAUGAAGAAAGGUUCCCUUAUCGGUAAUGUUGCACAAGAUCUUGGUUUGGACUUGAAUAGGCUGCGUUCUGGUCGUGCCCGUAUCGUGAGCGGAGAGAGCAAUCGGUACACCGAGCUGAAGGCGGACAAAGGGAUUUUAGUCGUGAAUGAGAAAAUCGACAGAGAGCAGCUCUGUGGAGAGGUAACGCCGUGCAGUUUCAGCUUUGAAAUCAUUUUGGAAAAUCCAAUUGAACUGCAUAGAGUCACUGUGGAAAUACUAGACGUGAAUGAUCAUGCGCCAACCUUCAAAAAUAAAGCGAUCAAUUUAGAAAUUAGCGAAUCUGCAACGAUAGGAUCCCACUUUGACUUAGAAAGCGCAUAUGACCCUGAUGCGGGUAUUUAUGGCUUGCAACAUUAUGUCCUUUCGCCGAAUGACCAUUUUGUUUUGAAGCAGCACUCUAACGCAGACGGAGUAAAAUUUCCUGUUAUGAUUUUACAGAAGUCAUUAGACCGAGAGCUGAACCCGCACGUCUCUUUAAAGCUGAUAGCUGUAGAUGGAGGAGCUCCGCAGCGCUCCGGAACAGUAAAUAUAGAGAUCAAUGUUCUCGAUGUUAACGAUAAUCCUCCGAAAUUCAGUCAGUUAGUGUACAAAGCUGUUGUGGUGGAAAACGCCCCCAUAGGCACAUACAUAACAACGGUAAAUGCCUCAGAUGCAGACAGCGGUUCUGAUGGCUUAGUGACGUAUUCGUUUUCAAAUGUAAAAAGAAAUUUUGCUUUUGAAAUUGACAGCGUGUCUGGCAGAAUAACUGUGGUUGAUAAUAUCGAUUAUGAGAAAGACAAGAAAUUUGAAAUAAGAGUAAUCGCAAAAGAUCAGGGAGGUCUCACUGACGCAACAAAAGUUACAAUCGACGUUUUAGACGCUAAUGAUAACGCACCAGUUAUUAGUGUAAUGUCCUUCUCAAACUCUGUUUCAGAGGACGCACCUCCAGGUACGACUGUGGGUGUUUUUAACGUAAAAGAUGCUGAUUCUGACAGAAACGGGAAAAUAAAAUGCUCAGUUUAA